UGAAUCAAAAGAUCCUCGGUAAAAUGAUAGAUGAGUUUCCAGCGGAUCCAAUAAUUAGCUUUUAUGGGACGGGUGCAAAAGCUUAUUAUAUCAGGUCAUUUAAAAGUGAAACGAAAAAGGCGAAGGGUGUUAAAAAGGCCGUAGUACAGAAGCAGCUGCCUUCGGAUGACUAUAAGAAAAUAAUCGAAGGAGGUUGGCGGAUAUUGAGAAAGACGCAUACUUUUAAAAGCAAACUACAUGAUGUGUACACUGAGGUGAAAAAUAAAGUUGCUCUAGCACAUCAUGAUGAUAAAAGGUUUAUUAUUCCUAACACCACAAAAACUUUACCUUGGGGACACUCUGACAUUGAGUUUUACCAGACUGACACCUCGUUGAAUAAAAAAUAUGCUACAGAUGCAAUCAAUGAUGUUGCAGAAGGCGUUUUUCCUGUAAAAUGGUAA